AACACAGUCGCAUUCAACUCCAUAGCCUAGAAUACACACUAUUAGAUCAGUACACCAAAACCUUUGUGUUGGUAUAAGCGGAACAGCUGACGAAUACUGAAAACUAAAAGAUGUUGUUUAUUAAGUAAAUUAGAACUUUAUAGAUCGAUGAUAUUAAUAAUUAAGAUCUGGAAGAAAGUGUUAUUAAGUGUAUUAUCGGUGUAAAUGGUUUUUGUUGGUUGAUAAGGGUGGCGCAGCCUGAAGAACUUAUGACCAAACGUAAGAAAAUGGCGGAUGAUUCAAAAUGUAUAAAAAUAAAUUUAUCUUUGGAUCAAGAUGACACGAAUCAAGCUGUCGCUUACACCAAAGCGACUUGUUCGCCUUUGUACAAGGAAAUUGAAUCUCUAAAUAACGCCUCUGUUUUAAGUGGCUCUCAGACUAACUUAUACAACGGCUCGUCGUCGAUAACCAUCAACAGCGGGGGCGCGUUGAGAAAAGUACCGAAUAGCAGUCCCAGUAAUCACAAAAGACCGAUGAUAUCGUUAACGCAUUUACCGAAAAGACCUCCGGUCGAUAUUACCUUCAACGAUUUAUCCUAUUCGGUAUCGGAGGGUAGAAAAAGGGGGUACAAGACGAUUUUGAAAUGCAUCAGCGGAAAAUGCAAAUCUGGCGAAUUGACGGGAAUCAUGGGACCUUCGGGAGCCGGUAAAAGCACAUUGAUGAACAUUUUGGCCGGUUACAAGACUUCAAAUCUCAGCGGUCAAGUGAAAAUUAACGGUAAAGUGAGAAAUUUGAGGAGAUUCAGAAAAAUGUCUUGUUACAUAAUGCAAGACGAUUGCUUAUCACCUCACCUAACAGUUAAAGAAGCCAUGAUGGUAUCCGCCAAUCUCAAAUUGGGUAAAACCGUGACUCUAUCAGAAAAAAAAGUCGUCGUCAAUGAAAUACUGGAAAAUUUAGGACUGCAGAGUUGCCUCGACAUCACCUCUUCAAAUCUAUCCGGCGGUCAAAGAAAAAGACUAUCGAUCGGUCUUGAAUUGGUUAAUAAUCCACCAGUUAUGUUUUUCGAUGAACCCACCAGCGGUUUGGAUAGUUCUUCCUGUUUUCAAUGUCUCUGUUUACUAAAAUCGCUCGCCGGAGGGGGGAGGACAAUCAUCUGUACCAUCCACCAACCAUCCGCUAGACUCUUCGAAAUGUUCGAUCACCUCUACAUGUUAGCCGAAGGACAAUGCAUUUAUAGAGGACCCGUAAUAGGACUAGUACCAUUUCUAUCCAGCAUGGGUCUCAACUGCCCCGGUUACCACAACCCAGCCGAUUACGUUAUGGAAGUGGCGUGCGGGGAACACGGUGAUUACGUACAAAAAUUAGUUAUAGCCGUAAACGCCGGUAGAUGUAAUCAAUUCGCAACGCCCGAUCACAGAAAUAGUAAAACCGUAUCCAACGAUAUCGUCAAAGAUAUUGGACAUUGCAAAAAUACCACAGGAGAUGUGAUUACUGUGCCAAAUGGUUCCGCCAAAUCCGCAACUCCCACAACGCCCGUAACUUGCACCACAUCGCUUUUAGAUUCGUCCGAGAAUCUAUCGCCUUCGGAAAAAAAUGGUUUUUCGACGACUGGUCUUCAACAAUUUACAAUUUUGCUCAAAAGGAGUAUGUACAUGAUUUUAAUGGACAAAACUCUGACUAGAAUGAGAAUAGUGUCUCAUUUUGUGAUAGGGUGUCUCAUAGGCCUAAUCUAUUACGACAUAGGACAAGACGCUGCUAAAGUUACUAGUAACGCAGGGUGUUUAUUCUUCUGCGUCAUGUUUAUGAUGUACACAGCCAUGAUGCCGACUAUUUUAACUUUUCCGCUAGAGAUGUCUGUAACUAUUAGGGAACACCUGAAUUAUUGGUAUUCCCUGAAAGCCUAUUACAUGGCGAAAACUUUGGCCGACAUACCGUUUCAGAUUGUAAUGACCUUGUGCUACAUUAUAGGCGUCUACUUCAUCACAUCUCAACCUUUAGAUGCCACUAGAUUCGGUAUGAUACUGUUAGUGACGGUACUGAUAGCGUUGGUAUCACAAAGUUUUGGAUUACUUAUUGGUGCUGCUUUCAAUAUCGAGGGUGGAGUAUUCCUCGGACCGAUUUCCACCAUCCCCAUGGUACUUUUUUCGGGAUUCUUCUCGAAUUUAAACGACAUUCCUUUCUAUUUGAGGUGGUUACCGUAUUUGAGUUACCUCAAGUAUGGUUUCGAAGCUUGUAUGAUAGCAAUAUAUGGUUUGGAUAGGCCGAAAUUGGCGUGUAACAUUGAUUACUGUCAUUUCAAAUAUCCCAAGAAAUUUUUAGAACAAAUGUCGAUGAGCGGCGAUAUGGAAAGUUAUCUCAUCGACGUCGGGGUAUUAGGAGGACUCUUCAUUUUCCUCAGGAUAGUGGCGUAUUUUAUGCUUCGGAUCAAGUUGAUGCAAAAUCGGUAGAUUUACAUUUUUUUUUAUUUCAAAUACAGUCAAGUAUUAUAAAUAGAUCGUGAGAUUUGCCCAAAAACAGCGAAAAGUAAAAUAGAUACUCAAUUUUGUAUUUUUUUUUUCAGAAUUUUUACCAAAAAUAUUUAUCGUAGAACGAUCAGUUUUCCAAAUUAGUUAAAAAUACUCAAAAAUAGAAAUUAUAAUCAUGCAUUUCGAAUUUUUAAUUAUGCAAAUCAAAGAGUUGCAUUUCGUUAACAUAAACAUUAUAUUAUUGAAAUUCAGUAAACAAGGACUGAUUCGUCUAGUAUGCCCCUGUAGCACGAUAAGAAAUGGACGUUGAUGUUCUAACAGUUUUAAUCUAAAAACAAUCCCAGCAAACCAUGUAUUUAUCCAAGAAAAUUGCAUACCACCCAAUGGGUAAAUCAAUUUUGAAAACUCCCGGUAUACUAUGGGGCCAAUUAAUGGUAGAUACUCAAUUAACCCUACUUGAGAUUUUACACAUUCCAAAAUCUAAAAUAUCACAAUUUUUGCAGCUAAACAGUGUUUCAAUGCUGCUCAAAUCUAUUUUCAAUUAUUUGCCAUAUCUGUCUUAUAUACAUUGUUUUUUAUAAUUAAUUUUUAAUAUCUUUGCUAUAAUAUUUCGUUUGAAUUAUUUUUUUAUUAUUUUUAUUAAUAUGGCAAGUUAAAUUGAUUAUUAUUCUUAAAAAAUACUCAUAAAACUGAUCGAUUUCCUUUAAAUAUUAUUCCUACUAUUGUUUUGUUACUUUUUUACAAAAUAGAUAAAUUUUUAACAGAAACCAUAAUGGAAAGAUUCAGUAUUAAAAUAAUGUUGAUAAUGUAGGAACUACUGCAGACAGUGAAGCCAACCGAUAGAAAAUGUUUCCCCAAAUCUAUUUGAAAAUCCCCUAAAUUUAACAAUAAAAUGCCCUAAAUUUGAAAUUGACUAUUAAACCAUUUUGGAACUAUUUAGUCGUAAAUAUCAUCAUAAUAAAUACUACAAAUUUCAACUCAUAAGGGUCUUUUAUCAAAUUAUUUUCAAACUGUUAUAUUUUUUUACAAUUUAUUUCUGUUAAAAUCUAAUUUAACAACUUUUCUUUAGGACUAGGAAAAAAAUACUCAAGUUGGGAUCACUGUUUGUACAAAUGAUUCAAUCGGAAACAGCACUUAUCGAUUUUUUUUAACUUUCCAUAAAAUAUUAUCAAAAAUAUUUAUUUUUAUGAAAAAUAAAGAAAAAAUCAAAAAUUUACUGGAAUAUCUAUUUUAAUUUUUAAAUUAAAUUAUCUAUCAUGAAAAUACUGUUGCAGUAUUUUGUACAAAUAAUCAAUUUGCACUACAUAAGAUGUAUACAGUCCGACUCAUUUAUAUUGCACAUAAUAACAAGAGCUAAAGUUAUUCACAAAAUUUGCGCCGUUUAAUUUGGUACAAAUUUUUUUUUUGAAUAACUUCAGAUUUGACGUGUAUAUUUACAAUUUAAAUGAGUUUGUAUGUAUGGUACAUUUUUAUUAUCAUACCAUUUGUUUAAUCCGUACCUUAUAAAAAACACAUCACUAGUUUUAAGAAGGAAUAGUCUGGGUCAUUUUCAAUCAUAGCAAUGGCAAAAUUUAAAAAAAAAACAGUAUAGAAAUAGUCGUAGAUAUAAUAUAGUUUACACCUUCGACGAAAAAGUCACAAGAAUGAUAAUAAAUAGAAUCAAUCAUAAAAUACAAAAAAAAUUGUAAAUCAAAUUUAAUUUGACUUUAUAAUAUAAGCAUAACGAAUUUCAAAUUUGAAAAAAUAUAUUUUUUUCAGUGUAGUUUUUUUCUUUUCGAAGAAAUAAGAUAUUGUGCAAAAUUUCAUGAUUCUGUUUAUUAAAAUUUAUGAAAUGAAUGAUAAUGAAGAGACUAUUUUUAAAAAAACAUUUUAGGUGCAAUUGAAACGAAGCAUCGUCUUCGAAAUUAUAUUAAAAUGGUUCUUUUUGUACCAAUCAACAUUAUUUACCAUAUAAUUUUAUAUAUAAACCUAUAUUUGUAUUGAUUUAAGGAUGAAUACCCAUCAAAUUUUGAACUAAAUCUUCAAAUUAUUGAAAAUCGAACGUAAUUUGUCUAAAUUUCAUAGCUGAUGAGAAAUUCUUACACAAAUGCAAAAAAGUUUGGCAACAGUGCAAGUUAUUUGUACUUCUCACUCGAUUAAAGUAACAUUGAAAAAAAUUACUAACAUUAGAAGAGAUGAUGUUAAGGAAUUUUCACGAUAUCGCCCCAACAUCCGAUGUUAACAUACAGAGACGAAACGAUCAAGGGUAUGAUCAAAAUUUGUUUCUAAAAUAUUUUUGAAUUAAAAGAAGAAAACGAUCCAAGGGGCAGAAUCAACGACCUUAGAAUUUAGCUUCAAUUUUUUAAGAUUCAAAGUAGUACCGAAUACCCCAAACAGGUAAUAAUGACUUUGAACCAACCCCUGUACAUAUUGAAUCUGUCAAAUCUAAUUUUUUUCGAUAAAUAAACGUGUGACAACGAUCCGCAGAAUCAACGAGCUUAGAAUAUAACUUCAAUUUUUUAAGAUUCAAACUAGUACUGAAUACCCCAAACAGACAAAAAUGAUUUUGAACCAACCCCUGUACAUAUUAAAUAUAUCAAUUCAAUUUUUUUUUUGAUAAAUAAACGUGUGAAAAUGAUCCCAGGAGCAGAAUCAACGAACUUAGAACAUAACUUCAUUUUUUAAUACAUAUAAAGUAGUCCUGUAUACCUUAAACAGAUAAUAAUGAUUUUGAACCAACCCCUGUACAUAUUGAUUCUGUUGAAUCUAAUUUUUUUCGAUAAAUAAAUAUCUGAUUAUUAUUUAUUUAGGGAAGAAUAAAUGAGAUUUAUCAAUUAUUUUCAUUAUAUAAAGUGCUAAAGUGAUCACAAAAAUUGAAUCUUAUCAAUCGAUAUUAUCUAAUUAAUAUCAUUUUUAUGGUAUUUUAGUAACCAAUUUUGACUAAAGCCUAGUAUCGAGCUUGGAUAUUACAUAUUCGACUUAUUAUUAUGACCGAAUCCAUUGUUCAUUUAUAUUAAUUUAAAAUUUGUAUCGAUUCGAAAUGGAUUUAGUUUUUCUUCAAUAAGCCAUCAAAGUUUUUACACAAAUAUCUUAAGAAAAUCAAAAAUGUCAAUCAAUAUAAAUAAAAUUAAUUAAAUAGCAAUACCACGGUGCCAAAUAUCUUCUAAGAAUAUCUCAUCUGUUAUAUCCGAUCCAAACUAUCGCGAGGCGUCUCCCAGGUAAUCUUGACACAAAUGAAGGCGGCAGGAGUACCAGCCAUCCUCACUCUCGAUUUAAACAGUUGCCCGCUACGUCCACUACAAAACGGACGUGAUUCAAGAGAAUUAGAUACUUUAUAUCCCUACCGAUAUUAUAAUUUCUUAAUUUAUGUUACCUAACUAAAAAAAAAGUCAAAAUAGGGAAAACGCCCGUAAAACCGACAGGGAGACGAGAGGACACAACAGACCUGUCCUCACUUUUGAGGGGUAAUUAAAGAUUCUUUUGUAUAAAAAUGUAUAUAUACAAUUUUUUUCUAAAUUUUGAAUAACCUAGUCAAAUUAAACGUUUAAUUUAUAUUUUUUCUUUAAAAUCAAAAAAAAAUCCAUAAAUAAUUAUUUUUUCAAUCACUGUUUUAGUAUAUACUCUUAAGUAUUGUGUGGAAUUGGUGAUCUUAUACUUUAUUAUUUAGUUUUAUGAUAUAAUAUUGAAAAAGGUAUAUUUUGGUAAUUUUUUAUGCUCAAAAUGAGAACUUAGUAGAAUUUAGAAUAGUCCGGGUUUGAAAAUAAUUGGAUUACAUGUAAAAUGAUUACAUUGAGAAGAAAUAUAUUUGUACAAAGUAUUAUUUGAUAUUUUAAAAUUACCAAAAUUAACAAUUCGUACCGAAAUGAUAUUGUCCGGACCUAAAAGGCAGAAUCCCUGUAGUCAUUUAUUCAAUUGUGAUAGAAAUUUUUUUCUAAUAAUACUUUUUGAUUUUUCUCUGUGAUGGUGUAUGUGAUUUUAUGUUCAAUUUCGAUAAAUAUUCGAACCAAUUAUAAUAAAUUUAAAACGAAAAGUAAUGUUUUGAUUAAACUAAUAAUAGUUAUUUAAAUAAUUUUCGAUAAAAUUAUUGAAUCUACCUGUUAUAUUCAAAUAUUUUAUAUCAGUUGAAUUUUAUUUUCAAAUAAAAUUGUUUUUGAAAUAUAUGUUCAAAUAUAACCUAUAUUUACAUGAUUUAUAUUUCAAGACAGAUUAUUUAUACCCAAAAUUGCCAUCUAGCUUAUUGAAUACUUCCUUAUUGUUAGACGAGCUAAUAUUUUAUAGGUUAUGUGAGCCCAACAUAAAAAGUUUACACAUACCUGGACUCCUAGAUAAAUGAUUGUGUUUUAUAGAUACCACUGCACUUUUACACACAAAAGUCAUUAAAAACUUUCACUUAUUUCCUUAUUUCAAUUUGUUUACAUUUAAUUAUUAGUUUCUCCACACUAAAUUUAUAAAAAUUUAAAAUUAUUCACGACAGACACGACACAAUCCAACGCGUUCUUCUGAAUUAACUGUCAGUUAACAGCCGACUAGAUUAAUACAUAAGUUAUUCUAUAUUUGUUUGAUUUCCCUCUCUUUGUCUACUCAUUUUAAAACGCAUUGUUGUUGUAAUUAACUUAGGGUUACAUCAAAAUUAUGGUAUCUAUAAUUUUUUUUUUAAUUUUUUAAAUCAGAUAAAAAACGAAUUUUAAUUUAAAAAUAAAAAUAAAGAAAUGCAAAUAAAAAAACUAAAACAUAGUUUGCAAUUGUUGUCAAUCUUUCUAUACCUCUCUCACUCUAUUCUUAUUAAAAUGUUUCGAUGUUUAUCAAUGGCGGCUCGUUAAAAAGGGAUUUUAUUUUUGAACUAAAUUGUAGUAAAUUCAAUUUAUCUAGGUUGUAGCACAAAUAAUCUUUAUUAUAAAACAAUUAUGAAACAAAAACGACAAAUUGAAAUUUAUAGUGGAUUUUGAAACGUUCAUCUUGUUCUAUUAACAUUAGCGACUCGUUAACAAAGGGAUGUGUUUAAUUUUUUUUGUGAAUAUAAGUAUAAUCAGGUACUACUUUAAUUCAAAAAAAUUUGUCUAUCUACUGGUACUCAUUUUAUAUUGAAUUAUUUAUAUGUUAUAUGACUUUAUGUAAUAAUUCCAAUAUAUUUAUUCAUGUAUAUAUAAAGUGAUAAUACAUUUUUUACAGGAUGAAA